UCUAGGAAACACAGAUCUCCAUUGUCUGCUGCUUUUUAAAACAGCUGGAUUUCCCCUCCUCCUUCUCCUGCUGACUGCUGAGCUCCCCUCCGCUUCCUCUUUUGUUUCAUACAUUCAGCAGAGCAGACUGGCUGGGUGCAUGAGCAGCACACACAGCAUCCCUAGUGAAAGAAGCAUCUACGCUGCAUGAGCUUUGUAUCCAGCCAUUGGGCACCCAGGAAUUCACUCUAACAUCCGUUCCUGGGCUCUGAUUACAAGCUCAUUCCCAGCCUGUGGAUUUUCUGUUUCUCCAGCAGCACAUGUGGGUGAGUGUAUUUCACCCACACAACAAUCAAGGUGUGAUCUGGGCUGAGAACCCUUUGCUAGCUGCUGCUGCCAUUUCUGUGCCCACUCCUCCACUUUGUACCCUCUGGCUGCAGGGAGUGGCUGAUCACAGAGGAAGACUGCAGGGCUGGGCUGAUGCUGGGAUCCAUCUGCUAAGCUGGUGCCUUGGCUGCUGACACGUCAAGAGGAUUGUAAACAUGGAUAAUGCACACAACCCAGAGGUUUGAUGGUUAAAUGCUGAGUGACUCCCCCUGUGUCUUGGGAAGACUUGCCUGGGUGCAUAGACUGCUGAAAAUAUGCUGAAACCAAGUGGGCUUAAAAUUCCCGGGAGGGGAGCCAAACACUCCAGUCCAGUAGGUAGAUCUUCUGCAGGAACAAGUGUGACUGGCAGCACAAGUUCCAAAGAAGGUUCUCCUUUACACAAACAGGGAUCCACCUCUUCAGCUUGUGGAGAGAAAUCAAGCUCAAAAUUCACAGAGGUUGGUGAUGAAUUUGCUGGAGAUUUUGUGGUUGGAGAACAUGUAUGGGUCAAUGGAGUGAAGUCUGGAGUUGUGCAAUACCUGGGAGAAACACAGUUUGCACCAGGACAGUGGGCAGGAGUUGUUCUGGAUGAUCCUGUUGGAAAAAAUGAUGGAUCUGUAGGUGGAGUGCGCUAUUUUGAAUGCCAACCAUUACAAGGAAUAUUUACCAGGCCAUCCAAGCUGACCCGGCAACAAGUGGCAGAUGGCACAGGAAGUGAUUCUCAUUCAGUAGAGUCAUUGACGACACAGAACUUGUCCUUGCAUUCUGGAACAGCCACCCCGCCUCUUACUACGCGUAUUAUACCUUUGCGGGAGAGUGUCUUAAACAGUAGCAUAAAGACAGGAAAUGAGUCAGGAUCAAAUCUUUCAGACAGUGGGUCGGUGAAAAAAGGUGACAAAGAUCUAAGGAUUGGAGAUCGUGUUCUGGUGGGCGGAACAAAAACAGGAGUUGUGCGUUAUGUGGGAGAGACGGAUUUUGCAAAAGGAGAAUGGUGUGGAGUGGAGUUGGAUGAGCCUCUUGGGAAAAAUGAUGGAGCAGUUGCUGGAACAAGGUAUUUUCAGUGUCCUCCAAAGUUUGGCCUUUUUGCUCCAAUUCACAAAGUCAUCAGGAUUGGCUUUCCAUCUACUAGUCCUGCAAAGGCCAAAAAAAGCAAGAGGAUGGCUAUGGGAGUAUCUGCCCUAACACACAGCCCCAGCAGUUCAUCCAUAAGCUCUGUGAGCUCUGUAGCAUCAUCAGUUGGAGGAAGACCCAGCAGAAGUGGCCUGCUCACAGAAACCUCAUCAAGGUAUGCACGGAAAAUCUCUGGUACUACUGCGCUACAGGAGGCACUAAAGGAAAAACAGCAACAUAUUGAGCAACUACUGGCAGAAAGAGAUCUUGAACGAGCUGAGGUGGCAAAGGCCACAAGUCAUAUCUGUGAAGUUGAGAAGGAACUCACACUCUUAAAAAAUAAACAUGAGCAGUAUAUAACAGAAGCAGAAGGUAAUCUUCAUCACACUCAUGCGUUGGUGGAGACAGCACAAAAAGAAAAAAUGGAGCUCCUUAACCAACUGGAAGAGGAAAGAAGGAAGGUGGACGAUCUCCAGUUCCGAGUGGAAGAAGAAUCCAUAACAAAGGGGGAUUUAGAGACACAGACGCAGUUGGAGCAUGCCCGAAUUCGGGAGCUCGAGCAGAACCUACUGUUUGAGAAGGCAAAAACAUCAAAGCUUCUCAAAGAAUUAGAGGACAAGAGGCAAACAACUGUUGCUGAACAGUCAAGAAUUCAACAACUAGAAGAGGAGCUGAACCUUCGUCGCAAUGAGAUUGAAGACCUUCAACACUGCUUGUUGAACUCCAGUCAAUCAGAAAUUCCAGAAAACAAUCUGGGUCUGCAGACAGAAGCAUUGCGCCUUCGAGACCAACUCUUGUCUGUAAGCAAGGAACACCAGAAAGAGAGCAGAGAGCAGAGGGACAAGUAUGAGAAAAACAUAAAAAAAUACCAACAAGAGGUGGAAAAACUGAAAAGAUCAAAUGAGAAACACGUCCAUGAAAUUGCGGAAUUGAAGAAGAAGCUUGAGCAGGCUACCAAGGAGAAUAUAGGCAUGAUGGAUAGUUGGAAGUCUAAACUGGAUAGCUUAGCUACUGAUCAUCAGAAAUCAUUGGAGGACUUAAAGGGCUCUCUGUCCACCAACCCUGACACCCAACAUAAAGAGAUAGUGGAGCUUAAAGCAAACUUGGAAUGUCUUAAAAUGGAGCAUCAACUUGAGAUUGAGAACCUGAAAGCCAAGAAUGAGAUUGACAUAGCAGUCCACAUUAAGGAAAAGGAAAACCUAAAGAUGAAACUGCAGGAGAUAAGGGAUGAAGUGGAAGAAAGCAAUAAUAACUGGAAAGUACAACUGGAGUCAAAAACAAAUCAACACCUCAAAGAACUUCAGGAUAUUAAAGAUACAUGCAGAGAAGCAGAACUUAGAGUAUGCAAACUAGAAAAGUUGCAAAGAGAAUAUAGUGAUCAGAGACAAGUCAUAGCCUUAUUAAAGGAGCAGAUUUCAAGUGCAGAACAGAAAAUGCAGGAUCACGACACCCUUCAGAAAUCUGCUGUAAGACACAAACAAGAGAUCCAAAGGUUGCAGGAGACACUUCUGGUCUUGGAAAACAAAUUACAGACUCUGGAGUCUCAUCCCACUCAAAAGGCUAAUAUGAUUAAGACAAAUGACAUUUCAGAAGAGAAGAUAAAAAUGAAGAAUACUAUAGAAGAUCUACAAGUCAAACUCGGUAAGCGGGACAAAGAAGUAUCAACAAUUACUUCACAUACUGAAGCAUUAAAAGCACAGGUCAAUGAACUAGAAAACAAAUGCAAAUCAGGAGAAAAGAAAGUUGAUGCUUUAGUGAAAGAGAAUAAAAGACUGGAAGCAGAACUAGAGGCUUUUUGUAGGAAGUCCCAUGAUUCCUCGGGGCAGUUUGUUAUGAUCAGCCAAGAUUUACUGAAGAAGGAGAGAAAUCUAAAUGAAUUGAGAGCUCUUCUUCUAGAAGCCAAUCGCCGCUCUCCAGGACCAGAGAAAGAUUUGAGCCGAGAAGUCCAUAAAGCAGAUUGGAGAUCAAAAGAGCAAAAACUCAAGGAAGAAAUCAAAAUAUUAAGAGACAAGUUAAUUAUUGUGGAUAAAGAGAAGCCUGGAUCAGAACAGAGGCGCUACUCACUUAUUGAUCCCACAACAGAGUCUGAAGUUCUGCGAUUACAGCAUCGUUUGAUCAGCACAGAGGAUGUCCUGCGGGUUGCCCUUGAUCAGGGUCAACAGGUGGAAAUACUGAUGGAGGCCAUGAGAAUUAGUGCAGAUAAAUCACAGAUUACUGAAAACUCAGGUUCCGCCAAUGGGAUCCAUGAAGAGGACACAGCACAUAAAGAAAAGGAAAAUCACUAAAAUCGCGGACAAAUCCUUUUUGAUAGGCCUAAAAACGUCCAAAAUACUUUAAUCAGUGUUUUCAUUUAAGACAGAUCAGUGUUGAUAAGCUACAAUGCUAUUAGCUAUCUCUCUAGGACAAUCAUUGGCACCGAUUGAUGAACUUCAGGAAGCAAGUUGUUUCUCUUCAAUUCCACAAUCCCAAUUGUUUCUCAUACAGUAUAAUGGGCCAGUUAACAUAAUCAUGCACUAUCUAACCUGGACUCAUUUUUCUUUUACUGAUUUAAUCUGCUGUAGCUCUUAUGGAGCUAUUUUGGAAAGCUAAAAUCAACAUUUACCGUAAGAUUUCAUUUGUAGUUGAAAUGUUGAAUGCUACGGGGCACAAAUAUAGCUAUGACAGUAAAUAUUUUACUGAAUCUGAAUACAUAAGAGAGGACGCGGCAAAGGCAUGGAUUGAACAUCUUCUAACCUGUAGAAGAAGCUUGAGCGUUUCUGUGCAUUGGAAGAUUCCGAAAUUGCACAGCAAAGUCAACACAGACCCAAACUCAUCAUGAAAGAUAUAUUUUUUAAAGUGAAAACAGUAUUUGAUAAGAAUGGUACAUAUAAAUGUUUUUGUUUUAUUGUAAAUAACCCGUUAUUGUUAUGGCAGCCACAGGUUGACUAUGAUCGAGUGAUUGGCUAUAGUUUGAAGUUGAACCAUUUGCUCACAAAACGGCCAUUUAAACCCAGUAACGCCAUAUAAACACAUAUUUGGUUAAUACAUAACCUCGCAGGAGCCUUUUACUAAAACUAAGGGUAUUUAAUGCUUGAAAGCUAGACUCUAUAGAUCUGGUCUUUUUAGAAUGAAAAAAUAUGCCUUUUAAUUCAUGGAAUAUCUUAUUUAUUUAAAGGGGCGAAUGUGCCUGAAGAAGCUCAGUUUGCAGAUUGCAUUGUGCGGAUUGUCUUAAGCAGGCCAUAUAUGAAAUCCCGAUAGCAAACAUCACACUGACAGGUUUUCACAAAUCGAGACCUUUGUGUGUUAAAGGGAAACUAAUCCUGUUAUAUGUUUUUAAAUUAAGAACGUGUUGUAACAUUAAAGGAGUUUUAUGAAAAAUAACCAUAGGCAGCACCCGCAGUAUCAUAAAACAAAAAUAAAAUGAGACUUUGUACAGUAUGUUUUAUUUUAAUUUCUCAAUAGAAAGUAAAGUGUGACAGUGUAGCUUAUGGUGGACACUGAACAUAUUUUUACCCCAUGUUUGCAGUCAUAUAUAUAUAUAUAUUUCAGUGGAGCUGCCUAAAAAUCGAAUAUAAUCUCUAGACAGUUGCAACAGCCCCAUCUGUUUGUGACUAUUAGUGUUGCCAUUGUUAUAGUCUGCAAAGAAUUUGCAGAUUACCCAAAGAACCAAUGUUCUGUGCACAGUAUGGAAUAUGCUUUCAUAUUUACUGUCUGAUGGGAAAUAAAUGGAAGGCAGAAAUAGUGUAUAUUCACCCCUAAACUUAUUGAUGUUUUGAAAAUGUUACAUGUAUAAAUGUUGCAACACAAUUUUUUAUAUAUUAAAAAUUUUAAUUUAG